ACUCUACAUUUGAGCUAAUAAUUUGCCAUGUUAUGAAGUCCCACUUCCACUCUCUGCUUUCUACUCACAGGCUCCAAAUUCUGAGACAAUUCUCGUCAGCCUCCGCCAUUAAACCCACAUGGAACUCCAAAACCAACGUAAUAAUCACAAACCCAACUCUGCAGAUCAUGGAAUCCUGCACCACCAUGCUCCAGCUGAAGCAAAUUCAAGCUCAAAUGACUACCACCGGCCUCAUCACGCACACCUUUCCGGUCAGCAGGGUUUUAGCCUUCUGCGCUCUCGCCGACGGAGGCGACAUUCGAUACGCGCGUCUUCUUUUCACCCAGAUUGGAAAGCCCAAUACGUAUAUGUGGAACACAAUGAUCAGAGGCUACUCAAAGGCUCAAAUUCCAGCAAUUGGGUUUUCGUUUUUCGGUCGAAUGGUUCGUGAAGGUGUGGAGAUGGACAGCCGAAGUUUUGUUUUUGCGCUCAAGGCGUGCGGGCAGUUUGGGAGAGUUUUGGAGGGAGAUUCGAUUCAUUGCGUGAUUUGGAAGAUGGGUUUUGAUUCUGAUUUGCUGGUACGAAAUGGGUUGCUGCAUUAUUAUGCUGAGGGUGGGUUUCUAAGUCUUGCACGCAAAGUGUUUGAUGAAAGUUCUGCGAGGGAUGUUGUUACUUGGACCGCGAUGAUUGAUGGGUAUGCAGGAAGUAAUUGUUCUGAUGAGGCUAUGGAAUUGUUCGGCUCGAUGUUGUUGAGUAAUGUCGAGCCGAAUGAGGUUACUAUGAUUGCAGUGCUUUCAGCGUGUUCCGAAAGGGGAGAUAUUGGUAUGGGAAAGAGUGUUCAUGAAUACAUACAAAAGAAGAGUGUGAAUUGUAGCCUAAAUUUGCUCAAUGUUUUGUUGGAUAUGUAUGUGAAAUGCGGAUGUUUGCUUGCGGCUCAAGAGACUUUUGACAACAUGAAAGUCAGGGAUGUAUUUUCAUGGACUAGCAUGGUUAAUGGAUAUGCAAAAUGUGGGGACUUGGACUCUGCAAGAAAGUUUUUCGAUGACAUGCCCGAAAGAAAUGUAGUAUCUUGGAAUGCGAUGAUUGCUGGUUAUACACAGAAUAAUCGACCAAAUGACGCGUUGAAAUUGUUUUAUGACAUGGUGGAGUCAGGUAUGGUUCCAACAGAGGACAGUUUAGUGUGUGCUCUAUCUGCUUGUGGUCAAUUGGGCUGCCUGUAUUUGGGUCAGUGGAUUCACAACUACUAUAUCGAUCAAAAGCGUAUUCUACGCAGCGUGAUUCUGGGGAACGCAUUGAUGGACAUGUAUGCCAAGUGUGGGGGUAUAAAUUCGGCCGCACAACUCUUCAACGAAAUGCCAGAGAGAAAUGUGGUUUCUUGGAACACCAUGAUUGCUGCAUAUACCGGCCAUGCGAAGCAAGCGCUUACUCUGUUCGACCAAAUGAAAAGUACGGGACUGAAACCGGAUUCUAUCACAUUUGUGGCGGUCUUGUCUGCUUGCAGUCAUGGUGGAUUAGUUUCUGAAGGCAAAGAGCAUUUUGAAAGCAUGGCUAGGGAUCAUGGGAUCGAGCCGAAAAAGGAACAUUAUGCUUGUAUGAUAGAUUUACUUGGAAGAGUUGGAUUGCUCGAAGAAGCUUACGAGUUGAUAAACAAAAUGCCAAUGGAGCCAAGGGAGUCUGCUUGGGGUGCACUUCUUAAUGCAUGUAAAAUUCAUGGGAAUGUUGAGAUGGCUAAGCUUUCUGCUGAGAGACUCUUAGAAUUGGAUCCCGAAGACAGUGGUAUUUAUGUACUGCUUGCAAAUUUAUGCGCUAAUUCGAAAAGGUGGGACGAUGUACGGAUCGUUAGGAGCAUGAUGAAAGAGAGGGGUGUGAAGAAGAAUCCGGGGCGAAGCUUGAUAGAGGUAGAGGGUGAGUUUCAUGAGUUUUUGGCUGCUGAUAAAUCACACGCUCACUCACAAGAGAUUUAUAAAGUACUAAAUGAAAUAUAUUCGUUCUCCAAAUUAGUCUCUUUGCCCUCAUAUUACAUUCCCGCUCUCUCUCUGAACGUCGGUUCUUCAGACGAUUUUACAACUUAUGAUUAUGAUUAGGAAUGUGAUUGUGUAAGGCUUAUCAUAUCUGGGAUAUUCUUGACUCUUGUUGGGCGAAUCGACUUUCUCUAGGAGAAAUUUUUCAAUGUGACCGGAACACGAGUGGUAUAUCACGUAUUUUUAUGCAAGUGGUGAGAAAUUUUAUU